UCGCGAGUCUACCAUGCAGGAUGGUCUGCCAACUGCCAAGCCCAAGACAAGGACGGACGUCACGUCAUUAGUUUCUUUUGAUCCAGCUUUUCUGCGUGGGUCUGAUAGUGAUACGAGUCGACACUGGCAGCGCCAGGGUCACUCUGUUACCUGGUUACUCUGUGUGAAAUCGCUCGUCGAAGAUCUGUUGUCUUUUCCAGCGGUAGAUUUACUAUCUGUAGAUCAGUGUGUAUUCCAGUGCCCUUGGUUAGUAAAAGUUGCCGAGUUGAUCACAAUCAGCAGCUGCUGGCUAUCUUUAGAAAGAGUUCGCAGAGUGUGCCUUCAUGUUUCUUCAGCCCUUGGGAUAGCCAUCAAUAAGACAGGAGUUGAACCGAGCGAUAGCCUUCGCGAUCAAGGUCGUUGCUCCUUGAAAAAUAGUGUGUGUUUCUUGCAGAUCGGCUGAGCAAGACGAAAUGACCGUAGCUUCGGUGCGACUGUACGUCACCCUGGAACGGAGAUAGCCAGAGAGGAGGAAGCCGUGGGAAAGCUAAUGCCGGUAGCCGGAUAGUACUUCAGAGCUGUUGUUUGGAUUCUGUCAUUGCUUCGGACCGUUCCGUGCUUGAACUCGCAGAGAGCAGGACAGUAAAAAUGGCUACUUGGUGGUAGCGCGGCAUGAGUAGGGCACCUCAUGUCUCUGGCGGGAGCCGUCGAGGCUUGACUGUCAAAGCUGUGGUCACGGAGCAGCCUCGACCCGCCGCUGGAAGCAUUGAAGCAGUAACCUCGGGCCGCUUCCUACCGAUCUUGGCUGUUUCGAAUCGGAAAAGUGGGUUUCGUUCUAGUCAGAGCCGACAUCAUCCGGAUUCUCGUUCCGGGCUCAUUGGCAGUCUCUCGCCGGAUGAAGAUGUGAAGCCACACGCACAGAUGAAAUCUGCAUGGACGGCUCCGUCAGGCGGAAAACAGACCUCCCGUGGGCCAUCGGUAAAUAGCAAGACUGUCCAUGUAACUGAGGGUGGCGAAUAUGCUGGCAAACUGGGAGAUCAAGAAGAUGUUCAAGUAGCGGCUGGAAGAGCCCACAGCCCUGCUGAUGUAGAUAUGUGCAUGGGCUUGAAUGGGCUAGUUCUGGUCAAGGAAGGGGACGACAUUCUUGUGAAGGAUGCACCCAUGCCAUUCACAAGCGUACCAAACGCCAUCAAGGACCUGUGCAGGUCGCCAUGGCGAAAGUACUACCAGCGACCGCCGCUCAACACGCCCGGUCUGCUGGCAAUCGGCGAAGUGCGCACGCGCUGGCAGCAAGCCGUGUUCGCCUGGUGUCUCGGCAUGCUCUGUUCCUGCCCACCAUCACCACCAGUAGCAACACAUUGCUGCUGCUGCUCGAAUGAUACCGCCAGGUCACGGUGUAAUGGCGGAGACGGGGAUGAUGGUAUGGAAACUCUGCUAGUGUAUCACUCCGAUGAUAUCGCCGUGGCACUGAACUACUGCAUGCAGAGUGCCAGCAAGACGGACGCCAGCAGUCCGCUGCACGCGUACGUGACGCAGCUCAGGCAGGAAGAUGUUGUCGAAGAGAAGCUGUUUGUCCGCUGGAUUAGUCUAGACGGAAAUAACUUCACCGGCAUGGAUCAUCUCCAGGAGAAACGACCCAUCCACGCACAGAUUGCACAACACCUGGGCUACUGGCCACGCUUCAACUUCUACGACCACUGCCUGGACAUUGUCAAAGGCAUCUACAGCGACGAAGAGUACAAUCCGAGCAAGGAGUACGGCAUGGGAUGCUGCCAGCCAUGCUCCGUCUGCAGCUUUCACUGGCGGGGCGCAGUGCCCGGCGGUGAGGGAUGGAAUCAACGAGAUGAAAACUACUACCACAUGUAGGCAACAGCAGCACUACCUUGUUGUAUACGCUCCGAUUAUCACCAUGUAGACGACAACACUGCGUCGUUGUAUACACUCCGACAGUACUGCCACGUGUAGACGACAACACUGUCUUGUUGUAUACACUCCGACUAUCACAUGCAGACAACACUGCAUUGUACACACUCAAGACUGUCACAUGCAGACAACACUGCAUUGUACACACUCAAGACUGUCACAUGCAGACAACAACAUUGUGUUGUAUACACUCAAGACUAUCACAUAUAGACAGCACUGCAUUGUAUACGCUCAGACUACCACCUGUAGACAACAGCAACACUGCCUUGUUCUAUAUGCUCAGACAGUACUAUCACAUGUAGACAACAACAUUGUGUUGUAUACACUCACACUACCACAUGCAGACAACACUGCGUUGUAUACAUGUACACUCGGACUACCACAUGCAGACAGCAACAUUGUGUUGUAUACAUGUACACUCAGACAGCCAGACUUGCUCCCUUAGUAUUAUUUAUUAUUUAUACAGUGCGUUGAGCAUGACAUUGUGUAUACUGAACGCCACGAAAUGAUUUUAUGCCAAACUGCCUGCUACAGUACUACCACACUGUACUAGCGAUAGUAUUGCCACUGUAAGAUAUCAGCAUAUGCAUGUGACUCUGCACCCCCACUCAUGAUACACACACAUUGACCUGCCCUGCACGAAUACAUGUCCACACUGACCAUUGCCCACUCUCCAUUCCAUCAGACUAUCAUAACUAUUAGUAUCAGUGUAGCCACACUGUCACACUGUUCAGCUCCUGAUGUAAAUUGUAAAUUCGAUCGCCAAACUGUUUAGAACAGCAAGUUAUUAACUGAUUCUUUGCCGCUGCUCCUACUGCCCUCACUGCUGCUGCCGCUGCUACUGCCGCCACCACUACAGCUGCAGCCACUUGCUCUCUCAGCACCAGCAACAUGCAGUACAUGUAUAGGUGUUAUCGAGAGCCUGAUGAUAGACGCCGUCUCGUAAAUAAUUCUCUCGAUCCCACAUGGCAUUUGUACAUGUACAGCGUUACUAGCCUUCA